UUGCUUCAGGAAGGCAAGCAAGAUGUCUCGUUCGGAGAGACCUCAUGGUGAUAAAGAUUACAGGCGCAGAGAGACCCCCGCAGCUAGCAGAUAUAGUGAAGAAAGAAGUAGGAAACCAUAUCCAUCCAAUGGAAGGGCAUUGCAAGGACCACUCUAUCCUGAGCAUUCAAGACCUCCCACCGUUUUUGCGGACUCUCUCCCCAAAUACCCGGCUCCAAGUCACAUGUCUUCUGAACCCUCCCCACAAUUCUAUCCUCCCAAAGAGACUUUUUCUGAGAAAUGCUCCAACCUGUGCUCAAGAAGAGGAAUCUUGCAGUUUGUGGAAAUCCUCGUCAGCAUCUUAGUGCUGAUCUGUGUCGGAGCAUCUCAGGCCUCCAUUGCGGGUUUCAGCGCCAUGGGAGGCUUCGGGUCCUUCAGCAUUGAUUCAGCCUACAGUCCCUUUGAAGGGACGGAGCUCAAAGAGGUGCGAGAUCUGGACAUGCAGUACAGCCAGAUGAGAGCCCCAUGUGUGUACGGAGGGGUGGCCUUCAGCCUGAUUAUGGUGGCCCUCACCCUCCUCUUCCUCAUCACUGGAGGAAAGCCAAUCCACCGCCUUUCAGUCCGGUUGCUUGUUGCUGAAGGCAUCUUCGACGUCCUGGCUUGCCUCGGGUACGUAGUGGCUGUUGGCCUCUACCUCCAUUUUGUCAUACAGAUCAACUCAACCGACGUGUGCAAGAGGAGAGAGAGAAUCUACGCAAGACGAGGGUACACGUCGAUGAACUGCGAAGUACAAGGUGGAGACGCGGCCGUGGCGCUCUUUGGCCUUGUGGCUGCGUGCCUGUAUUUCCCAAGUGCUGUGGUCUGCAUCCUAAGCAUCCGAAGCGUACAGGAUUUUAAGAGGGAGGUGGCCAAGACUCAGUACAACCUGGAAAGAAACUACAGGGAAGAAGACCUUCACAGCACCUACAAGAGUCCAGAAAGUGGCCAGACCGCCAAGACCUUUGCCACGCUAGUGUAG